AUGUCAACGAAACCUCCAACGGAAGAAGUCAAGGCGCAGCUGCAGAAGACCUGGAACACCAAGAACCUGGGCACCCGGCUGGCCGCUGACUUUGCCAGCGCAGCUUGCGCCGCCUCCAUGGUCGCGCCGCUGAUUUCUAUCAUCGACAGGUCGAUCAUGGAAAACGCCUCGGGUCGCCAGUCCCUCGGCAGCGCGCUCAAGUCCUCGCUCGCGGCCUUCCUGCGACGGCCCCAUACAUUCCUCUUCUCGAAGCCUGUGGCCCUGAUCUUCAUGGUGUACGGAGGCACCUACCUAACGGCCAACACGCUCGACACGGCCUCGUCGACGGUGUACAACAAGCCGGCGACGCACGUGGCGGCGGGCACGAUCAAGUUCGCCAGCGGCUCCGCGGCCAACGUCGGUCUUGGCAUCUACAAGGACCAGGUCUACGUGAAGCUGUUCGGGCCGCAAGGGCCGCCGCGGUCGGUGCCCCUGCCGUCGUACGUGCUGUUCACGCUGCGGGACUGCAUGACCAUCUUCGCGUCGUUCAACGUGCCGCCCCUGCUCGGCCCCGUGCUGUCGGACCACCUCUCGCACGAGUUCCAGAAGAAGAUCUCCGGGCAGACCGUCGCGCAGUUCGCCGCCCCGGCCGCGAUCCAGCUCUUCAGCACGCCCCUGCACCUGCUGGGCCUGGACCUUUACAACCGCCCCUCCCAGACCUGGGGAGAUCGCUGGUCGGCGGUCAAGAAGAACUGGGCCGUCAGUGUGGCCGCCAGAGUGUGUAGAAUCGUGCCUGCUUUCGGGGUCGGUGGCGUGGUGAACACGCGUGUCAGGCGAAACCUGAUGCAGAAGUUGACUUAG